GGCAGUGACAGCAGAAGACGGCACGUGAAGCACAGGGUGGCAGGGAGAUCAGAGACAGCAGCCAACAGGCAGAGACAGCAGCACACAGCAGAGAGACAUCAGAGACAGCAGCAGACAGCAGCAGCGACACCAUGCCGCCUCAGAAUCUGGCCAGCGUUAGCAGCGACGGGAUCCCGGCCGACAUCGAGAUUCCUAAAUUUCCCGUGACUCCGUACCAGGAUGAGGAAGAUAGCAGUUCGGCGGGAGAUUCCAACAUCUCAGACUUCCAGAAGAUCAAACUCUGGGCAUCGGCGCGUGCCAGUGAUGUGUUCACCAAGGACACGCUCUACAGCACGCUACCGAUUCUGAGCUGGGCACCGCGCUACAACCGUCAGGACCUGGUGGGGGAUGUGAUUGCUGGACUGACCGUCGGACUGACCGUGAUACCGCAGGCCAUCGCCUACGCCACCCUGGCUGGACUGCCACCCAACUACGGCCUGUACAGCUCCUUCGUGGGCUGCUUCGUCUACUGCAUCUUCGGCUCGUCACGUGCUGUGACGAUCGGCCCCACCGCCAUCAUGGCGAUGAUGACGAGCGAGUACGGCGAGGGAGGUAACCCCGACAUCGCCACCCUGCUGGCUUUCUUCACUGGCAUCAUCAUCCUGUUCGCAGGCAUCUUCCAGCUCGGUUUUCUGAUUGACUUCAUGUCGGGCCCUGUGAUCGCCGGCUUCACCUCGGCGGCCGCCAUCACCAUCACCGUCUCCCAGCUGAAGGGCAUCUUCGGCAUCCAGGUGGAUGAUGAUUCGUUUAUCGGCACCAUCGAGGAACUCAUCUCUAAGAUCUCAGAGACCAACAUCGCCGACCUGAUCAUGGGCAUCAUCUGCGUGGCCAUACUCAUCUGCAUGAGGGAGAUGCGUCGGAUCCCGAUUGUGAAGGACGGACAGGAGCCGACGCGCGGCCGUCGCUUCCUGGCCACGUUCGUCAGGUUCAGCUCCAUCGCCAGGAACGCCAUCCUCGUCAUGAUCGCCGGCCUUCUGGUGGGAAUCCUGAGCUCGUGCGGCAUCGACGACCUCUUCACACCCACUCAGAGCGUCGAUGCCGGUCUGCCGACUCCCCGGCCGCCUCCGUUCUCCACCAAUGCGACGGGCAUCCCUCUCGACUUCAGCGACAUGACCUCUGAGAUCGGCGCCGGCUUCGCCAUCGUCCCGCUACUGGCCGUUAUUGAGAACGUGGCCAUCGCCAAGGCUUUCUCCGAGGGUAAGCGUCUGGACACCACCCAGGAGAUGAUCGCUCUCGGCCUGAGUAACAUCUGCGGAUCAUUCUUCUCGGCCAUGCCAGUGACGGGAUCGUUCAGCAGGACGGCCGUCAACUACAGCUCCGGAGUCAGGACGCCGUUUGGAGGAGUGUUCACAGGACUUCUGGUGAUCUGCGCUCUGCAGUUCCUGACACCCUACUUCAGCUACAUUCCCAAGGCUGCCCUGUCUGCCAUCAUCAUCGCCGCUGUCAUCUACAUGAUUGAGCUCAGCGUGGCGCGGCCAAUGUGGCGCAGCAGAAAGGUGGACCUGCUGCCAUUCCUGGCCACCUUCUUCACCGGCGUCUUCUGGGGCCUCGAGUACGGCAUCGGCAUCGGCACGGCCAUCAGCCUGGGCAUGAUCCUCUUCAAGGCCGCCCGUCCCAAGGUCGUCAUCCAGAGCCGGGUCGUGCCCAACACCUCCCAGGAGUACAUCUACGUAUACCCGGACUCUGGCCUGACCUACCCGGCCGCCGAGCACGUGCGAGCCGUGGUCACCGAUGCUGCCAUUCUGCACGGCCGAGGCACUGAGCCUGUGGUUGUCGACUGCAGUCACAUCCGCUAUUCGGACUUCACUUCGGCUGAGUGUAUGAACCAGCUGGUGAAGGAGUUCCACGAGCGGGAUCAGAUGCUGGUGUUCGCUGCGAUGAAGGGCAGUAUUCUGCGCUGCUGGAACGGCGCUGGACACGGCGACGCGCGCGUUACCGUGGCAACCGUGGCGGACGCCGAGCGACUCGUCGCAGAGAGGACACAAGCGUCAACAGUGAAGGUGGAAGUAAGCUCAUGAGCUGGGUGCCGAUCGCCACUGGAUCCAUAUCUGCUGACUAAAUCAGCAGACAAGGUGCUCGCUGUCGGCAACUAUGCAACAUCAGCUGCACACUGAUAUAAAGCGCAAUUCACACACUGUCUAGUGGUGCUACGCGGAGACUCAGAGCGAACGUGUGAGCGAAUGAAUGUGAAAUGUUGUGAACCGCGCAACUCGACAGCAUUUUCGUGCCAGAUGUGUGCUUUGAACGGUUCAGUCAGAGAGUUCUAAGGCGCCUGAGUUGGCCUCGCCUGUCAUGUGUUGUGUUCCUCCACGGGCGUCCUGUGGUUGCUUUUGGGAGUGGCGUGUAUUUGAGGACGGUUUUAUGAAUGUUUUGUUGUGAAAACUACCAGCAGGAUGCUAAUGUCUGGUGGAUUAUGUAAAGUGUCGCCAUCAUGGCGCUGGCCAUUUAUAACGAUAGGCCAGUUGGAAAGGCUUCGUUGGUCUGACAGUGUGUGUACCUAUAUUGUAACAAUAUUUUGAGAUAGCCGAGAUCAGGAAAGGUUAAGAUAAGCGGGCGCGUAGCAUUGUUUUCGUCUAUGUAGUAAUCAGGUUGUCAGUAUUGAUAAUGUGGUCUAAUCCUCACAGCCGAUUCCAACUUCAUGAGCAGAUCUCAGGCUGUAAUUAUCGUAACUUUAAUGCCCUAAUUUUGUAACAUUUUAUUGGCAGAAGUGCGUUAAAAUCCCAUCAGUUUUCAAUUAGGAACAGCAUUGAUGAGAUUCUAUUUCCAUGUUCUUUUUUGCCCGAACAAUGUCUUUAAUAGGCUCGAUCAAUGUGUCGCGGCCACGCGCCGGCCUGUGCUCGACGGGACGCCGCGCCGCGCGGCGCCCGACUCUCCUCUGGUGGAGCGGACUGUAGACACUCCUUUCUGGGGCUAAUCAGACCGGCGGGUCCACGGCAUUUGGGUGAAAUAAAACUCGUGCCACCCUAUUCAACACAAGUAGGCGAAGGGCUUUAGGCAGAUCGAUCGGAUAUGAAGGUUGGCCACAAUUCAGCAGCCAGGAGCCACGGCAAUUCAGCGUGACACAGGUGAGAGAUAGAAGUCACAAUUCAAGCGACAAGGAGGCCCACAAUUCAGCAGACCAGGAAGGGUAAAAUGGGAAGGUUAAGUGAGUAGAGAUAGAAGUCACAAUUCAAGCGACAAGGAGGCCCACAAUUCAGCAGACCAGGAAGGGUAAAAUGGGAAGGUUUAAGUGAGUAGAGAUAGAAGUCACAAUUCAAGCGACAAGGAGGCCCACAAUUCAGCAGACCAGGAAAGGUAGAGGAGUGAAGGUAAGGUAACUUGUGUAGAAUGAAGAGUUGCGCACGCGCCGCACACGCCCGAUUCUAACUCCGCCCGCUCACUGCUGCUCAAGCUGUGUCUCGUUGCUUCUGCACUUCCCGACACAGCACUGAAGAGGUAUUUCUAUAUUGCGGUGUCCAACGAACGGUGCGACGGCUACGACAGGACAGAGGCACGUCCGCACGCUGCGGAGGCCAGAACAGAACAGGGCGAGAAACAUGUUUACAUCAGUUUAAAUAUGGCGAGAAAUGGGGUCACGAAGAAUAGCACAGAUGAGGAGCUGAAAGAAUCCGGAAACUAGGGAGAAGAAAAACAUGACCACGGCGGUCCCAAAAUAGCCGCACCUGGCCGGUCCGCGCGCCUACCUGGGACGGGGACGCCGGCGUGAACAAUGCAUUCCACGCCGGGGACGUCGAAAACAGGGGCCGGACUCGGCCCUCCCAAGCGGCGGCGGAAGGGUCAGGCGGACCGGGCCCGGUCAGGCCGGGCCCGGGUGGCCGGCGCGCUCGCGCCCGGCCGGUCCCGGCGGUCUGCCUCGCCGGCGACGGGCUACAGCCGGCGAAUACACAUGCAUACAUACAUGCGGCGGUCACACAAUGUUUGUAUUUAAUGUUGUUGAAGAUAGAAAGUUCAUCAUAUUUUGUAAAUUGUACACAUUUUACGAAUCAAUAAUAGAAACACGAUUUCGCUGCGGCAUGAAGUGUUGCUGUGAGAGAUUUAUAAUUCAUCGUCAUGCCAUACUAUCUUUUCUCUUAUGGGCAGCAGUUGUAACAAGCCAGAUAUUUGCCCUAUGUUUGACAUAACUAAUGAUUCGUAGUUAGUGUGAAUAUGAACAACGUAGAAACCUUUAGAGCUCAAAAUGAGUGCAUUUGCAUUGUAUAUUUAUCGAAUAAAAGAGGUUCGUUUUAA